UUUUGUGGUUUAAGAGGACUUUUGACCUGAAUACGCACCAGCAUUAAAGGGACAUUUCCGUUUAUGAGGACAGGGGCCAUGUCCUUAUAAAUCCGACCUUGUAGCAGUCAUUAUCUCAGUCUAGGGAUCAAUUCUGUACCGUUUUUGGCCCCAUGUCCGUAUAGACCACAUAAACCUGAAAAAAUACCACACACUGUGUGUUCUCUAACCCCUCCAUGCGCCCCUGUAGACCGGUCGCGGAACUGCACCUACGUCAUUAAGAAUUUGCAUAUAUACACAAGUGUAAGUUUUCCCGGUCUCUGAUUGGCUGGCUACAAGAAUCCUCGUCGGUGAUUGGCCAGCAGUAACAGGAGAAGCGCUUCCGCUAAGGGGCGGGACCUUAGAGGGACCGUGCACAUAUAAGGCCUCGCUAAGAGGCGGGACUUCCUUUAAGACACAGCUGCAGGUGAUUUAUUACAGCGGGGUUUUAAUCCACGGAGUUUGUAAAGUAAUAUAACACACGACGAAUUAAUAUCGAGUUUGGACUCUCUGCACCCUGGAGAAGAGGACAUCGGUGUCGGAAGCCGCUGCCAUAUGAAAGUCUGAUUAAAACAUGAUGAUGAUGAUGAGGAGGAGGAGGAAGCCCAGUCCACUGGAGGAGGCCACACACUUCAGCCUUAAGAAGGAAGAUCAAGAUGGUCUGGAAGCUCAGUUUAUAAAUGAGUUUAAAGGGAGAGGUGUGUUUAGUUGUACUGACUUUGAUGAGGGAGAUUUCCUAUUGGAGUACAGAGGGGAUCUCAUAAGCAGAGAAGAAUGUGAGCGGAGGCAAAGAAUAUAUCAUGAUGCCCUCAAAGUGUUCAUUGUUGAUGCAGCCCUGGAUGAUGGCUCCCUUGGGAGACUGGUGAAUGAUGAUCAUCUAAAACCAAACUGCAGAAUGAAGACCAUCCGUGUGGAUGGUAAACCUCAUCUUUGUUUAUUUGCCAUAAGAAGCAUCUGUCCUGGUGAAGAGAUCACAUACAAUUACGGCGAUUCUGAGUGGCCAUGGCGAUGCAAGAUGACAUCGUCUAAGAAUUCACCACCUCCAGAACAAAAAGAUACAGCAGAUAAAAAGGCAUCCAAAAAGUGCCCGAUAAGUGAGUUGCCAUCAGACAGUGCUGCCUGUGAAGAACUGACCGUAGAAACAGACGAGGUUACCCUUGGUAUGGCCCAAUUGUCCUCAGAGAAGCAGAAUUAUAUUGAGAAGAACGGUGGGGAGAAGGUUUAUCCUGUCAAAGAGUCGUUGGUUAAAGAGGAGCUGAGCUUUUGCUUAUCAACACAAGGACUUGAACAGGUGAGAUUGUGUGACAGUGUGAAGCCAGUGGACCUGAUGCUGAAGAUAACGUUCCUGCUGGUGCCUCUAAUCAUGUAUUCAGAAGAUGCCCACUGAAACACCUCCUGAAGUUUCUCAAGGAAAUGAGUCCGGGACAAAGAUUGGGAACCCAUGAAUAAGUUGAAGAGUGUGUUGGUCCAAUGCUGGGAUUUUUUUACAACUGUGAUGAAACUUUUGAAAGCACAUAUAACUAAAGGGAAACUCGGCACUUUGUCUGAAUGCCAGCAGUGUUAGACUUUGUAAGAAAUGGAGGUCUUUGCUUGAAAAGGAAAGCCCAAAAUAAGUGAUACACAAGCAAGUACGUUAUUUCUUUAAGAUUUUUUUGUCCACUUAUUUUGUUUUUCAUUUACAUAUGCAGCAGAUUGUUUUUAAAUUCUACAGUUGUUCUUAAAUUCUGCUUUAACAUUUUAUUUUGAAUAACUGGUUUAGGUUUCAUCUUAUGUUUUAUUGAUUAUAUAUAUAGCUAUGCCUUGUUUUAUUUAGAUUGUUUUGAAUGGUUCAAUGGAUUAAGAUGCCUAUGAAAGUACAUAGUUGUACAUGAUGGAUGUCUGUUUCUUCACUUGGCAUGCUUGAACUAAAAAAAAGUUUUUCAAUAUUAUCUAAGGGAUAAAAAUUUUAUAUAAUAGUACUUGUGUUUAUCCUGGCAAUGCACUGUUGUAAAUUUUGUGUGUUGCAUUUGGAUAUGUUCCAAUAAAACACAUUUGUCCCUGUA